GGAAUAGGCGGGAACUGAGCGGAAAGAUCAUCUGGUCAUCUGUCAUAGUUUCAUGAGACCGUAGUGUUUUAGAUUGCGUCAUGAUAGUGUGAACGUAAAUUAAUUCCAGUCGUUGUAUUAUUUCUCAGUGCGGCUCUCUGCGGCUAUUUCACUUGUAACAGGAUCCCCUGUCUUGGCUUCGAUUACAGAACAAUCAUAGUAUCAUACUUUCUGUAGAAGUAUGGCGGGGAGGUAUAUUCGAACAAUAGAGGAAUCCCAAGUGGUCAUAAAUCAUGCCAAAAUAGAUGAAAGUGAUCUGAAGUCAAUUACCCAGCCCCUAUAUUUUUCAGAACAUGCGGACGAAUUCGAAAAAUAUAAAUUUAUUGAAAUUGAUCCAACAUUACUUAACGUCUUACAAGAAGGGGAAAAAUUAAAAUUUUGUGGGCUUAAAGAUGAAAAUGCAGUUUUGUGUACAAGAAAUAAGACAUACGAAGUGAAAGAGGCUGAAACUUCUAAUUCACUACUAUUGCUGUCAUCACUGAAAUGGUCUGAUGAAGUGGAUGAAGCUGAUACACGUACUUUAGAAGAAAGAGAAGUUUGUGGCAUAUUUCACAAAUACUUUGAGCUUCGACCUUGUUUACCCCAACUUCACAAACUGCGUAGCUUGUUGAAAGAACAUCCUUAUUCAGGUCCUGAACAUGAAGAUGAGGAUGUAAAUCAGACAACUGGGUAUUCGUUUGAAGGAUUGCUUGCCAGAGUGCAAGCAAGUGAAGAAGAAUUGCAACUAGCUUUGUCUGAGGAGACAGCAUGUUGCAUAAAUGGAAGGUGGCGAAUGCUUGAUCCUAAAUACCAACUCAGAGUUCUGUCAUUGAUCCUUGGUGUUGUAGAAGAGAAUUCUUGGACGUUUGAUGCAGUUGUAAAAGAUGAAGUUUGCCAAGCUCUUUCUGAAAUUGUACCUGCAGAGAUUCUGAUUCAGUGUUUUAGUUGGUACACCGAACCUGUGGGAGAGACCGAUUCGAAUGGUGCAGCCUUGUAUAGGAUAAUUGAAGCAAAAGUUUGUCGCUUCAUGGGAGAAAUGAUUCUGGCAACAGUGGAAGGACUGACUUUAGAAAAUUUUAUAACUGCUUGGCAAAACAGCAUUCCUGAAGGAAUGAAAUUGCAAACAUCAUACAUGGAUGGGUUGAUGUUGGUUAAAAAAGUAAAUGACAAAGAGAUAGUCCAAUAUUUUCCUGAAUCUGACUUGCCAAUCAAUAUCUCAGAAAGAUUUUCUGUUCUUUUUGAGAUUCGUGAGAAGUGGACAUACGAUGAAAUAUACCCUUUCAUUGCACGCUUUGCAAGUGGCAAUAUGAAUGUAGGAGCUCUUUUAACCAAAUUUGCAAGAUCAUCAAAAUCUAAUGGAAUUAAAUGUUACACAUCAAAACAUGGAAGAUGAAAAUAUGGAAGAAGUGACAAGUUAUUAUUAUUGGUAUUUUGAUUCCAAAAUAAUGUGUUGUGAACUGUUCAUAUUUAAAAUGGUUGUUUAUAUGUUUAUUUAACAUUGUCUUUUUACCAUUCUUUCAAAUUGUGUGAUAAAUAUUUUGUGUAAAUAAGUUAAUAAAUAUCAGAUUAUUGUA